AUGCUUUUUAUUUUACUUUUUCAGGUUAAAGGAAAAGUACAUCCUAUCAAACAUCACAAGGCUGGUCAUCAUCACCGUCAUUUCAAUAAAUGUCCAUGUGGUGUAUCUGAUUUUGCUGAAGAGCGCAUUAUUAAUGGAAAAACAGUUAAAGAUUACAGAAAAUAUCCUUGGAUUGUCUGUAUAAUCCAUGAUAAAUCAAUGGCACCAUGGGGUACAUGCGGUGGAGCUUUAAUUUCCCCAACAUUUGUCUUAACGGCAGCGCAUUGUUUUCGCAGAUACCUGAAAAAACCUACACCUUUUCACCUAAAAGUGAAAAACCUACGAAUUGGAUUGUUAGGCAAAGAUAAAUAUCGACCUGCUAAAACAGUACUAGUCAAACAGGUCAUAAUUCAUCCUGAAUAUAGUUUAAGUAAGAAGGGUAAUGAUGUAGCCCUUUUAGAACUACAGGAUUCCAUUCCUUGCACACUGUACAGCAAACCAAUUUGUGUCAAUCCACCUAAAAGCAUUCUUACAGUGGGCAAUAUAGUGCACAUUGCUGGCUUCGGUAGAACAGAAAUGUUCAAAAAACAACAAAAACUUCGUGAAGGUACUUCACGCAUUGUUGAUAGUAAGGAGUGUUCCUCUAAGUAUCUCGGGUUCUUACCUUCAAGGGAACUUUGUUUAGUGACAGAUAAACGUACAAGAGUUUGCAAAGGGGAUUCUGGAAAUACGGUUUUCCUUCAACAUAAACAUACGUUUUAUAGCGUGGGAGUGGUUAAUUAUGGUGAUAUUCUUUGCGAACUUAAGAAUCCUUCUGUGUUCGUGAGAACCGAUGCCUACUUUCACUUCAUCAGAGAACACGUCAAAGACCUUCCAAACAGCCAUAGGGAUAACCUUCUAUUAUUGAGGUUGAUGAGUAGAAUCCUACUGGUUUUAUUUCUUCGGAGGACAGAAAUUAUUCCCUGUUUAUUGUGUCCCGAAUUUUAGAUUUUA